AUUGUCAUGCUGUUUGCUUUGUAGGACUCACCUGAUUACACAAAUGUGCAGGAGCUGAAGUAUUUGGACAUGGUUACAUGUGAAGCAUUACGCCUCUACCCUCCUUUAUUCAGGUUUGCACGAGAAAUAGAACAUGACUGUGUGGUGAAUGGUCAGCAACUUCCUAAAGGAGCAGUACUGGAUAUCCCUGCAGGCUUCCUCCAUUAUGACCCACAACACUGGCCCGAGCCUGAGAAGUUCAUUCCUGAGAGGUUUACACCAGAGGCCAAGGCCAGUCGACAUCCAUUCGUAUACCUACCAUUUGGAGCUGGCCCCCGUAACUGUGUGGGAAUGAGACUCGCCCAGCUUGAAAUCAAAAUGGCUUUAAUGCAUCUGUUCCACAACUUCAGCAUCAAGGCCUGUUCUGAUACUAAGGUUCCUCUUGAGUUAAAGUCAACCAACACUCUUGUACCCAAAAAUGGUGUUUUUGUGAAAAUCACAAGAAGAGAACAAGGAGAUCAUCUGUCAUCAGCUGAUUAAAUCACUUACACCAUACU